AAUCCCUUCGCCUGGUAACGUCAGCGUCGUUAAAACUUCAUACUUCUCCGGCUUUCUCUUUCUAUAAUACCGCCGGAUACUCGUAGUGGAGAAAAACGCAGGAAAGUGGGAAACCUAGAAACAGUCUCCGAGUCCUGGCAUUCUAACAAUUAUGUAACAUGGGUACCCGCUAGGGAAUCGGUGGGUUAAUUCAAGAGCGUGAUUUUUGUAUUUUACUCCGUGGGUCAAAGUUCUCUUCUUAUACAUGGCGAUGAAUAUGGAGGAAAUUGAAAGUAAAGUUCCAAAGUGUGAGCUCAUUUGCGAGGAAGAUUCAAAAACCUGUAGGUGUAGUAAAUUGGAAGAAAGUAAUAAGAAGGCUGAAGCAAGGAUUGUAGAAUUGGAACGGGAGAUUGAAAGGAGGAAGAGUGAGUAUGGAGUGCUUGAGGCUAAGUUCAAGAUACUAGAUGCUCAAAAGUGUGCUGCUGAAGAUGAACUAAUGGCUUUAAGGACAAAGGAUGGUGAAUCUGGAAAGAGCAGAAAUCCUUUUGAGAAUGAAAAUAAGGCUAGUCUUAGAGGGGGGAACAAGGGGGAUGCAGUUGUUGAUUUGACAGGGGAGGGAGAUGAAGAGGAUAUAGUAGAGCAGCUCGUGCUUGAAAACCAUGUUCUGGAGUGUGAGAAGAAAAAUGCUGAAAGUGAGGUUGAGAUUUGGAAGAAAAAGUUUCAAGAAUUGGACUUGUGUGUUUCACAGGUGUAUGGCAGUACAGUCUUGAGUAGUAGGAAAAGACUAUCAAAUGAGGUUGCCAAAGGUGAAAAUAGAACAGAUGUAAGGAUCAGGAUGGACCAGCUGCAAAUUAACGAGAACUUGGUGGAUGUAGGGCCAAGCUGUGGUACCCUGGGUAAAAUCAUUGAUGAUUUUCCUGCAGCUGGCACACCAUAUAAAGACAGUCCAUGUGGCCACACUCCUUUGGUGGGAAAGAAAGGUGUCUGUUUGGAAUCUGAAGGGGAAUAUCACAAAACAGUUAGAAGGCGGUUACCAUUUGAAGACAGAAGCCCUAGCAAAAAGAUGGCUCCGUCAACCCCAGGCGGCAGCAAACCUGAAUGUCUUAAUGUGAUUGACAUUUUUGAUAGUGAUGAUGAAUCUGAUACAUGUGGUGGCAAAUUUUCUAUUUCCAAUGGUCAAGGAAAUAAAAAUGUCAUUUCAACAGAUCAUGUGGAAGCUGGAAUUUUGGAGGUUAACAAGGACAAGAUUUCUGAUCAGUGUUUAAAGGGGGCACUUUCCAAUCAGGAUUACAAAGAAGAUGUGGAUGACUGCAAAGAAAAUGUUCCAUGUGUCCCAACUCCUAAGAGAAAAAGAUCUGCUAAAGUUGUGACUAGUGACACUGAGAAUGAUGAAGAUGACAAUGUUCCAAUAUCCAAACUAAAGAGGUUUCAUCUUCAAGGAUUAAUUCCUGAUAUUGCAAAUUCUGAUGUGGGAAAUUCUUUUCCUGGCAGUCCUAUGAAUGAUGGUGUCAAAGGUAUUGUCACCCGUUCAAGGCGCCGUUUAGUGACUUUGAGGCAAUGUGAAGAAAAAGUUAAGGGUGAAAGGAGCUCUUCAAAUAAGAUCACUGAAUCCAAAUAUGGACAAGGAAUUCCUACUACAGGUGAUGUUGAAGACAGUGAAACUGAGGUUGGAUCAGACAGUGAAGGUGAGAGCUUGAAUGGAUUUAUUGUUGACAGCUCUGACAUAUCUGAUGCUGAUAAUGCUUCCAGCCACUCAGAAAAUGCAUCAGAUGGCAAUGUGGAUUUUGAUGAGAUUUUGUCCAAACUUCAAAGAAGUAAGGAUCGUGAAUUUAAGUGGGAGUUAGAGGCAGACAUGCUCUCAGCCUUUGGUAAAGAUCUUGAGCUCUGUAUGAAAGCUGUAUGUGCUCUCUAUCGGCAGCAAACUUCUGAGGAACAAGUUAGCAAGGAAACAAUGUAUGACAACAACCGAGGGUUUAGCAAAUUUGAUGCUCUCAGGGGCACAACCUUGGCAGAGUUUCUCACAGAUGGAGAUCCGCAUGGUGAUCUAAAGAAAUCGGUCCAGCAGUUGAAAGAACGGGGCUCUCAGGCAGUUGAACUCUGUAGAACAUUGGCUUCUCACUAUUCUAAGCAGUUGUUUGAGAUCUACAAGAACAAGGAGGAUCCUCUCUUCCUCCCUCGUUAACUGGCAUCUCAGUAACACCACAACAAUGGCACUCAUCGUCAGAAGUACCUUUCUGGGCAGAUGUGAAUUCCAGAGGAUGACAUUUUGUUGUUUUUUGCAUCCUUGACUAUGUGGCAAUGUUCUGUAAUAAUACUUGCAAACAUGUGUAAAUAUAGCUAGCUUUUCUUGAUAGCCUUGUAUCUAUAGAAAUAGGAGAUCCAGCUCCCUGAUCUCAGAGGAAUUUAUAGCCCAUCAUGCUUAGUCUUCUUUUCUUUUCUCUAGUUCUGUUACAAGGUGUGUGUAUUUUGCUUACUUCAUUGUAAAUGAUUAAGAAAGCAAUCAUUACAGACCAAGCUCAUUAUUAUCAUCA